CGGAGCGGGAACGACUGAUCCCCCAGGCCUCGGCUUCCCUGGGAGGCCUUGACCUUUUACUUUUUGGGGGGGGGGAAAAAAAAGGAAAAGGAAAGAAAAAGAAAAAAAAUGUGAUUUAGGGGGCUUGAUGAUUUGAGUUCUGUAGUUAAAGAGAGAUCUGUUAGCGAUGAGACGACUUUUUAAACAAACAUGUUGGCAUUUACUCCCGGUUCCACCCCUGGGCUGGAGUUUAGCAGCAACAGGAUUGUCGAUUUUAGGUGGUCGUGGAAAAAAGUCCACAGGAGAUUUACUUAGUACUGGGCAAAGGUGUAAAAAGCAGAUUUUGUUUUUUGGUUUGUUUUUUGACAAUUCUGCAACUCGGAAGAUAGGGCAUUCAGGCCUCAAGUCUAAAAUACUUCCAAGGGGCAUCAGUCAAAUCUCCACACCUACUUUUAUUUUAAAGAGAAUCUUUGCGUGGCAAAAAUUUACAAUAGACUUUUGACAAAAAACGUAAACACUGUCUUUUAAAAAAUACCUCCUUGGGAUUGGGGCUACAGCUCAGUGGAAGAGUUGGAGAUUAGCAUGUGCCAGGCCAAAGGUUCAUUCCAUAGCUCCAGUGCACACAAAAGUGAAUAAAUAAAAUUAAACUACCUCCUUAAAGUUACUGGGAAUAGGAGGCCAGCUGCAAGGGAGAGAGCUCUAUUCCUGGUGGAAUGGAUCUCUCCCUCUUGCUAUUUGAAGGUAGUGACCAUGGGUGCAGCCCCUAUGAGAAAUAGGGAGGAGCAGGAAAGGGGGUCUCCUUUUUUAGAAAAGGACAGAAUUCAAGAUCAAGUCUAAAGUUUCUAUACAGUAGUGCUCCAGGAGAGCCCAUGGGUCCCUGAUCUCCACCUGGUCUCCUGCACUCCCUUGCCUGUGCUGUGUAUAGAGCCUGUUUGCAAACUGUGGGAAGGUUUCCUUGGCAGCCAUAGCAAUUAGCACUAAUGACGUGCCCCAGUUUCCCCAGGCAGGUUUGGAAGCCAGGGCAGGUUUGUAAAUGAUUGCUUGGCAGCCCUUCAGAAGCUUGGCACCCUCCAGAAUCUCCUCGUGGGGGCUUUCUUGAGGGAGAAAAGACAGUACAGUGUUGUUGUUGUACUGCUAUCAAGUUAAAUAAAAAAAACCAGGCAUUUGGCCAAUUUUGUGGAAGUUAUCUUUGAUCGAUUUUAGGUGGGAAGAUUUCAGAAGAAACGUAAAUUCUCCAGGAACUGUUCACAGUGUGAUGGCUGCCUUGCUGGGUGGUGACCAGGGGUGUGCAAAGCAAGGGUGGUAGAUGGGUUUUCCCUAUUGGGUGUGGGAUUGCCAUGGUUAGAAGCCAACUCUCCAACAAUAAAGUGCUAGCACAAAUAUUCUUUGGGGUUAUUAAUUCAUGGUAUUGGACUGGGAUUGGGAAGGGAAGUUUCCUAGAGCCCCAUCAAAACAUGUAGAGGUGGAUGACACAGCUUCAGAUUUCCUAAUGACAGUCAUAUCUACCUCAGUGUCUAUUCCCAGAUGUGGAGAAAGCACUGUGCUGAUAAUUCAGUCAAGAGAAAGCACGUGUCCUUGUCCCUAGAGCACGUGGUUUCCAGGUAACCUUACACACUUUCAUUUGGCUUAUCUUCUGUCUACUGUAGCCAGAAAGCAAGUUGUAGAGCUGAGUCGUGUUCAGACUAGCCCUGCAGACACGGGGAGAUUUUAAGAUCUCCAACACUGAUCCUGUCAUGAUUUGCUGUAAACCCUGUCAGCCCUUGCACUUUGGUCAGGAAGUCUCAGGUACUGUAAUUUCCAUAAUAGGAAAUAAUUUAUAUAUCAUCAUCAUCACUCCCCGCCCCCAUUCCAUUAUUGGGAGUUAGUUUGGCGUAAUUCAAAAGCUUUCAAGAUAGACAGAAGUUGGUUGCUUAGUAGCUGAGUGACUUGGGGCAGGUCUCUUAGUCUCCCUGAACCUUGGUUGCAUUUGUCAGAUGGGGCAAAUCAUAGCUACUUAACAAGGGUAUGUGUGGGCUGGAAAUAGCACUUUUAAAGGCUGGUACAGUUUCUGGAAUAUAAAUGUCUGAUAAAUAAUAGCUGCUAUCAUCAUCAUCUUCCAAUUCCCACAGUUCUGCUUUACCUUUUAAUGCCAGAGCCCUAGGACUUCUGAGAAUUGGACCCUUGGGGUUCCAGAGGGAGAGAGGCAUAGUAUUUUGGGGGUACAGUAAAAACUAAUUCAAAAUCCUGCAUAACUGGGAGUGAGAAUGUUACUCUCUAUGCUCAGAGUAUGAAGGCAAAGGUUUAAGAGUGGCUCAGGAUGCAAGCUAUCAUACCAAGGGCACAUAGUGACAGUGUGGUACUGGGAUGCCUUACUGGUGUGCCUGAGCCCACCCACAGGGCUCCUGCACUCUCUGCUUUCAUUAGUAGCCAUUGGAGUCAACCUGUGGACACAGGCGGUCAACAAAUCUAGCAUUUUACUCUGCUAUUUUACUCCAGUGAGUUCAAAUGAAGGACUCCUAACUUCAUUUUUACUCUUUACCCUAAUUCUUGGUGGUUCAUAGCUUCAUUUCUUCAAGACCCCAAGAAUGUAGGCAGCUAUUCUAAGAUUUGGACAAUGUUACUCAGCUCUAUAGCAAUCUGAGCUCAGGAAAAUUGGUCAGGGGCUGGAAUACAACAGAUAGGAAUGAGUCCUGGUGAAGGUCCUGGAAAGCUUGGAGUUGGAGGAGGAGAAACAGAAAUAUUCUGGUAAGGGACCUUCCUUGGUGCUCCCACAGCACCCUCUCUUAACUCCUUCCCUGGCACUUACCAGUCUGUGAGUAAUUUCUGUGUUUUUCUGCCUUUUUGGAGAAUAAACUCUGGAGCCAGACACUGCAGUUGGCAUUGUGUGAAAGUCAUUUCCUCUCUGUUCACUCUCUCAGUUUCUUUGUCUGUAUGAUGGGUUGUGAGAAUUGAACCAGAUAACACACAUAAAACUUUAGAAGUGUGUGUAAAACAUAGUUGGAUUCCACAGAUGUUAACUCUUUUUAUUGACAAUGGCAGGGACUGUUUGCCUGGGUCACUAUUCAAUCUGAAUGUGAGUUACGGUGCCUGGCACUUAGCAGGGGCUCAGGAAUCCUGUGCUGAUGGAUGGAUGAAUGAAUAUUACACAGCCACCCCACAUGGACUAGACUGUACACUCUGUGCUCUGGAACACCAGGAGGGCCAGGAUAUUUUGACUGUGGGUCUGGAAGGGCUUUCUGGUGGUAAUCAUGAUAAGCAGGGCUUUCAGGCAUGCAUCCACCCUCAAUAGGAUCAGAAGGAGGUGGCCGAAGCCCUAUAACAAGAGGUGGUGCUCAAUAAUGGCCAACAGUCCCGACCAGAGGUUACCUGCCUAGGUUUGAAUCCAGCCUCUGGACCUUGGUCAGGGGUCUUUACUUCUCUGUGGCUUAGGUAAUAAGCAUACCUCCCCAAGGGGUUGUUCUGAGGAUUACAUGAAUUCUACUCUGUAAAGCUACUGAAAAACAGUGCCUGAGACUCAAAUAAACACCCAGAGGUGUGAAAGUGUGUACAGAAAGUAACUCCGUGGUGGAAGUUACACUUAGAAAGGUGGUUUGGAAAGAGUCAUAGAUGUAGUCUUGGGAUGUCGUUCUUAAUGAAUUUGCAGUCAGCCUACAAGAAACACCGUUCUUUUCCAGAUGGCUGAAGUUCAGUGGUGGCUGCUCUUUUUAAACAGGGCACACCCUCCUCCCUCCUUUUCCUUUAUCCCAGCACUAUCUACUAUGCUGGUUCUGAACCCUAAGUGUGGGAAGCUACAUUUCUAACAAGUUCUUGGGUGCUGCUGCUGCUGAUGGUCCAGGGAACAUACUUUGAGAACCACUGCCUUACUUUAUCUUGGACUCUAAGGUGGGGAAUCAGUUGCCAUGUAUCAUCAAACUUGUGCUGUGCCUUCUCCCUUACCUGGCCCUUCAGGCAUGUAAUGCUACUUUCCUGGUGUUGGUAGCACUUGGGUUUGCAACUCUAGGUAUAUUCAGUUUAGAAGGAUUGGGGCUUAGGGUCACAAGAGAGAAAGGCCAGAGAGAAAGAGAUUCGGGGGUGUCUGAGGCUCAUACGAGAGCAAGCCUGUGGUAGUUGAAGCUGUAUGUGUGAACUCAUCCCCAGGACAGUGUGCAGGGAGAAUGAAUCAUGGGUGAACAGAAAAAUCUCAAGGUUACACUGGCAGUCCUGCUUUAAGUGAAAGGUGAAAGAAUAGUCACUGUUUAAAGAGGAGGCAAAGAGGUGGGAGGAGAGCUGGGAGAGUUGGUGAUGGGCAGUUAUUGGCCUUGUUCUUGCGGAGGACUGCUGGCAAGCAGCUGAGGUCAAAGCUUAAAUAGUUAAGCAGUGAAGUUUUCAGGUGAGCUCAUGGUCUAUGGGAGGACAGGAAGCAGGUGUCCUGUUACCCUUGCCUGCAACAUGCCUGGUAACCUGCUGUUGCUCUGAGGCACCGCUUGUUGUGAGCAGUUGUCUCCGGGGCUCCAGUGGUGCAGUUAGCUCGGAGCUAAGCAUGGCUCUCUUCCAGUUCCUUGGCCAGCAGCCGUGGCCUUGGUGGCAUCACAGCCCGGUGGUCAGUACAGGGUUUCUCCCCUCCAUGCAGUCCACAGCCGCUACUACUGAGGGUAUUAGCAGCCCCCACUAUGGGGUCUACACACUCCCCACUUUCAAGUUCCAGCCUCGCAAUGAGAGCCUAGACUGGAGGCGUAUUAGCGCUCUGGAUGUGGACCGUGUGGCUCGGGAGCUGGAUGUGGCCACUCUGCAGGAGAACAUUGCUGGCAUCACCUUCUGCAACUUGGACCGGGAGGUGUGCAGCCGCUGUGGGCACCCUGUGGACGUGGUACUGCUCAAGGUGCUGCGCCUGGCACAGCUCAUCAUAGAGUACCUGCUGCACUGCCAGGACUGCCUGAGUGCCAGUGUUGCCCAGUUGGAGGCACGGCUGCAGGCCAGCCUGGGCCAGCAGCAGCGGGGCCAGCAGGAGCUGGGCAGGCAGGCCGAUGAGCUCAAGGGAGUGCGGGAGGAGAGUCGCCGACGUCGCAAGAUGAUCAGCACCCUGCAGCAGCUGCUGAUGCAGACAGGUGCUCACAGCUACCACACGUGCCACUUAUGUGACAAGACGUUCAUGAAUGCCACUUUCCUCCGGGGUCACAUCCAGCGCAGGCAUGCAGGAGUGGCAGAAGGAGCCCCAGGAAAACAGAAGCAAGAGAAGCCUGUGGAGGAGGUGUUGGAAGAGCUACAGGCCAAGCUAAAAUGGACCCAAGGGGAGCUGGAAGCUCAGAGGGAAGCUGAGAGGCAGCGGCAGCUCCAGGAAGCAGAGUUCACUCGUCAGAGGGAAAUAGAAGCUAAGAAGCACUUUGAUGAAUGGAAAGAAAAAGAGCGGACCAAGCUUUAUGGGGAAAUAGACAAGCUAAAGCAAUUAUUUUGGGAUGAAUUUAAAACCGUUGCCAACCAGAACUCUACGCUAGAAGAGAAACUGCAGGCACUGCGGUCUCACAGUGCAACAGAGUCCCACCUCGGAUCGCUGCGGGAUGAGGAGUCAGAGGAGCGACUCAGGCAGGCGCAGGAGCUCCAGGCCCUGAGAGAGAAGAUGGAGAUUCAGAAUACAGAGUGGAAGAGAAAAAUGAAGAAACUGCAGGAAGAGCGUAUGGCUGAGAGGAGAGAGCUGCAGGAGGAGAAUGAGAGGCUCCAGGCCUCCCUGUCGCAGGACCAGAGGAAGGCAGCUGCCCAGUCUCAGCGCCAGAUCAAUGCCCUCCGGGCCCAACUACAGGAACAAGCCAGGCUCAUUGCCUCCCAGGAGGAGAUGAUCCAGACCUUGUCCCUCAGGAAGGUGGAGAGGACCCAAGAGGUGCCAAAGGCUGUGGACACAGAGGAGGACUCUCCUGAGGAAGAGCUAGAAGACUCCCCACACGAGCAGCAGAAGGUACUGGCAGCUCUGAGGCAAAACCCUUCCUUGCUGAAGCAGUUCCGGCCCAUCCUGGAGGACACCCUGCAAGAGAAGAUGGAAGACAUGGGGAUAAAGAGGGAUGCAAAGGGAAUCCCAGUUCAGACCUUCAAACACCUGGAGUCCCUACUGAGAGCCCAGCGGGAGCAGAGGGCCCGGAAGUUUUCUGAAUUUCUGAGCCUGAGGGAAAAGCUUGUCAAGGAAACCAUCCGCAGAGUGAAGGAGAGACAGACCGAGGCUUCCGUGUUUCAUCAGGAUGGUCAGCCUCCAGUCAAAAGCCAGCAGAGCCCACUGGAUACCGGAAAGGCCCAGCCAAAGACCAGGACCCUGCACAAGGUGUUGCCAUCCAAGCUGGCAGAGUCACCCACACCAACCCUUCAGAACCGCAGCAGCCGUGGCCUUGGCCUGGCCCAGGUGUCCACCCCUACUCCACGCCCCAGGCUACACAAACCCUCCAGCAUCCCUGCUUCUCCAGGGCCCGGGUUGAGCAGCACGCCCCCAUUCAGUUCUGAAGAGGAGUUGGAGGGGGACACUGGGCAUCACGUGCCUCUCCAGCCUCCACGGACUCCUUCCAGGACAGUGCCCACGCUGGAGGAUUCCUGGGACUGGUCUGACACUGAGACCUCAGAGGAGAAUGCCCAGUCCCCUGGCAAGAGCUCAGGUGGCCUGGCUUCCUCGGGAACGCUGGUCCAGUCGAUGGUCAAAAACCUUGAGAAGCAGCUUGAGACUCCUGCAAAGAAGCCUGCUGGAGGGGUCAGUCUGUUCUUGAGGUCCAACACAGGGCUGCAGAGGGCUUCCACGCCAAGAGGGAAGCCUCAGCUUUCUGAAGAUGAGAGUGACUUGGAGAUCUCUUCCUUGGAAGAUCUUCCCCAGGAUCUGGAUCAAAGAGAGAAAACAAAGCCCUUGUCCUGCUCAAAGCCACCAGAGAAGUCUGAUGCCGGUCCUUGGAGCUCUGGCAGACCCAGGGUUUCUGGCUGGUGAUCCUGACCAGAGCCUGGCUGGCAGGAAAACCAGCCUUGUCACCUGGCUGAAGCCAGCUAGGGUCCUACCUCAACAAAAGAGGCUGCUGCUAGGUUUCUUGCCUUUACUAGCUACUAAGAGGUUUUCCCUUCAGAGAGAAACAGAAUAGGGGACAGAUAUGAUCUUCCCUUCUCUACCUGUGAGGUGCCCUGCCCUAGAGGGCCAGAGGUGUUUGGUAGGGUUCCCUGAAUCCCAGGGCUUGAGAAAGAGUUAUAACAAGGCUUCCCGCCUCUAUUUUCAUGUCAAUUCCAAACUGAAAGGGGUCAUCCAGUCACUCUUCCUAAGCCUUUUAUAAAUCUGCAGGAUCACGGUGGAGAUGGGUCCUGUAUAGGGUCCUUAUGCCUGUCAAUGAUUGACCCAGAUUCACUUAUUGAGCACCCUACUAUAUGCUGGGUUCUCCAGCUGCUCACAGCUGAUUUGGGGCACAGCAGAAGUAGGUAGGCAGAAUUUCUACAGCCAGGACCAGCAUGGGAUGGUUAUCUAGUGGCAGAGAUUAGGGUGUUAUAGGAGCAUAGAAGAGGCUACCCAACCCAUCCUGGGGUGAUCUUGGAGAACUUCCCGGGAUUGUGAUAUCUGGUAGGACCAGCAUAUGGGUGAGAUGAAAGGAGAACCCAGACAGGGGCUUCAUUUCCCCAAAGGACCACAAAUUAAAUUUUUGAUAACAUUUCAAAAUCACAUUAUAUACAUAGCCACUGUAUUUUUUUAGUGUAAAAAAAGUUAGUUUAUUAUAUGCAAAAAUUUAUAUACAAAA